UUCAUAUCUUCAUGACCCUCUCAUGAUCUUACCUCCCUCUCCCCAUGAAUUCCCAUGACCCUGCCCACAGUGAAGAGUGACUCAACCACACCUCAAGGCUUUGGCAUCUUUCAGUUUCCAGACGGCAUGGCAAGCUGCGGGGGUGCCAGGCCAGGAGGCAGGAGGAAGCCCGGUGCCCCGCCCGCAUCAGUGGUGGGUGUCCACCGCGUAACCAACCGGGGCAAGCGCAGCCCGUCCGGCGCCGCUCCAACUAACUUCCCCGGGAACCAGCAGGGCCGGCCAUCUCACUUGCGUUCAAGCCUCCCCCCGCCUCGGGUUGCCUCCCCCUCGCGAGAUUCCUCAGCCUCCUCCGCCCUUAUAAGCCACCGCCGCAACCGCAGGGGGCGUUGGGUGAGUGGGAGCAGCAAGAGCAGCGCGGUGCCGCACUGAACUCCCCUCCCUGUUGCCUCGCCUUGUGGUCGGUUCGGCGCGGGGAGGCAGCAAUGCCGCGCCGGCAGAGGGCGCGCAGCAGCGAGGAGCUCAAGGCGGAGGACUUCGUCGACUCGGUGCUCAACUUCGGCGGCGGGGCCGAAGGGGAGGAGGGGGAGGCCGGCGGGGGCGACGGCCAGCCGGCGCCGACGGAGUACAAGUCCAAGAACCUGGAGGCCGAGCGGAGGCGCCGCGGCAGGCUCAACAGCAACAUCCUCGCGCUCAGGGCCGUCGUGCCCAACAUCACCAAGAUGAGCAAGGAGUCCACCUUGUCGGAUGCGAUCGAUCACAUCAAGAAGCUCCAGAACCAGGUCCUUGAGCUGCAGCAACAGCUCGCCGACUCGCCUGGCGAGGCCUGGGAGAAGCAGGGCAGCGCUUCGUGCUCUGAAUCCUUCGCCGCCACUGAAAACAUGCCGUUUCAGGGCCAGGUGGAGCUGGUUCCUCUGGGGCCGUACAAGUACCACCUCAAGAUCUUCUGCAAGAAGGCCGGCAUCUUCACCAAGGUGCUGGAAGCACUCUGCAGCUACAAUGCGCAGGUCACCAGCCUGAGCACAAUAACGUUCUACGGUUACGCAGAGAGCGUCUUCUGCAUCGAUGUGAAGGGUGAGCAGGAUGUUGUGAUGGUGGAGCUAAGGAGCCUGUUGUCCAGCAUUGUUGAGGUCCCAAACAACUGAGACUCUGAUAGAAAAAACUCAUAGAGCUCACAUGUUUCAGUGUGAGAAACCUGGUCCGAGGAAGAAACUCAUUUCUUAAGUGUUUGUGUAGUUAGUGUAACAAGGGUACUGGGUACAAGUCAAGCUACUAGUACAACUGACUGGAAAAAGACCGGAUUUUGUGUUAACUUGACACACAUGGAACAAUGAACUUGUGUGGGUUCCCUGAAAGAAAUGAACUCUGUGAGUUGUGAUUGCGAACAAACCGUUCAUCAUCGUUGUCUUAAAA